UACUGAUAAGAACAACAACACAGUUCAAACUAUUUAUUUAUCCCGACUUUAUUUAAUGUUAUUAACUAAUUAAAGAUGGCUGAAGCCGCCAAUGUGCGCCAGAACCUGCAGAAUGUGCCCUCGAUCUUCGAGAUCUCGGCGGCGGAGACGCUGGACAACCUGAUCUACCCGGCGCUGAGCAAGAUCUUCGACUACUUCGGUCUGCGACUGGACUUUAAACUGUGGGGCAGUCUGAGGAUCCGGGAGGAGCUGUCGCCGCUGCUCACCUGGCUGCUGCAGUACCUGUACCUGCGGAAGAGGGCCUCCUCCUUCGGCGAGAGCUUCUACGGACUGCAGAGGACGGUCACCGAAACGGGGGAUCUGCUAAAUAGGAGACAGCAAUUCGCCUCGGCCACUCUGCUGACCUUCGUUCCCUACGUGGAAAGGAAGCUGCGGAGCAGGAUCACCCGGCACGAGGACACCAAUCCCUGGGAGCAGCGUCUCCUCAGCGCCUUUCAUGCUUUUCAUGCCGCCAAGGCGGUGCACACAUUCCUCUACCUGGUCAAGUACGCCUCCAAUCACUCGCCCAUCUUCCGGGCUUUGGGCCUGACCCUUCGCUACCCCAGCGAGCCUCCGCAGGAGGACCAGUGGACCUACCUGGUGCUCAAAAUGCUCGAGGUGCUGGCCUUCUUCCUGCAGUUCGUCCAGUGGUGGUACUCCAACGACCAGCGACGCAAAGUGGGCGGCACCCUGAUCAAUCCGGAGGCGAUGUUACCCAAGGAGCUGCCCCAGGAAGUCCAGAAGACGCUGCCCAAGCGGGGAGAAUGCCCCGUCUGCCUGCUGCCCAUCCAGACGCCCACCGCCUGCUCCGUUUCCGGCUACGUCUUCUGCUGGAAGUGCAUCGUUACCCACAUGAAGGAGCACGGCAGCUGCCCAGUCACCCACUAUCCCAUCAGUCUGGACGACCUGGUGCGCAUCUACGAAACGUAGCCAUUACCUUUGUU